AUGACAAUGAUGAUGCCGACGAAGGUGUGGAGGUGCCUCGCGUGGUGGGAUGCCUCCGAGUGGCGCAAGGGGGUGCUGCUCCACCUGCCGCAAACGGAGGCGUGGCUUCGCGCCAGCGGCGCCCGGGUGACGCGACUGACGAGCUCGGUGGCGCAAGACGCCGACAACAGACACGUGGACACGCACUUGUUGCAGCUCAAGGACAUCUGCGAGGACAUCUCGGACCACGUGGAGCAGAUCCACGCUCUUCUGGAGACGGAGUUGUCCCUCAAGCUCCUGUCCUACUCGGUCAACAUCAUCGUGGACAUCAGGACGGUGCAGCUCCUGUGGCACCAGCUGAGGGUUUCGGUCCUGGUUCUGAAGGAGCGGCUCCUUCGGGGCCUGCAAGACCCCAACGGAAAUUUCACCGGGCGGACCGACAUCCUGCAGGCCUUCAGCCGGGACCCGGACCCGGACCCGGACCCGGACCGACACCAGACUCGCCGACUGGACGCCCUGACCGAAGUGGACGACUGCGGCCGGCUGACCAUUCGCUGCAGUCGCGACUAUUUCUCCCUGGACUGCGGCAUCACGGCCUACGAACUGAGCGACUACAGUCCCGGCGAGGAGCCCGAGACCGGGGAAGAUCAGGACGCCCCCCGGGAGCCGCGCGACAUCCCGGCAGCGGACUCGGAAGGGAACCGGGAAUCGCAAGGAGGGCGGCGCGCCGUCCCGUGCGCUUCGCCGAAACCCGCGACGUCCGAAGACUCGUUCGACCGCAGCCGUCCCGACUCGGGAGACGGCCCGGCGACCAAUCGAAACGAGGCCGCGAAGCGUUCUCUGUCGGCUGACGUCCACGACGCGGCGCCGUCGCUCCCGAAGAGAGUCGCUCUGAUCUCAGACGACGAGGCGGCGGACAACCGGGGGGUCUCUGAGCUCCAAAUCCAGGCCCGACCAAGCCACAGCGGCCCCGCCGGCCUCGUCGAACCUCUCGUGGAGGAUCCCCUCGUGGAGGAUCUCCUCAUGGAAGAUCCUUUCAUGGAGGAUCCUCUCGCGGAAGGUCAUCUCACGGGCCCUCCGUACCGCUCCAAGUUCUGGUUGGAGCUGGACUCCCUUUGCCCGGAAAACACUUCAGAAGACGUCCGCGACCGCGAGCAGGUCGCGAAUGGCGGCGACCUCCGAGAGGGUCCCGCGAUGGCAAACGGGAGUCCUUUCGGCGACGGGGACUCUGACUUCUCGGCGGCGUCCCCCGCCGGGGAUCGGGUCCCGUCCUCAGACCUGGAUGCCAGCGGGGAGGAUUCGGACCCCAGGCCGGCCGCUGGCAAGAUGCCCUCCUGGCCCGGGAAGCAGAAAGCGCACAAGCGGGAGCGGCAGGCGCGCCCGGAGGCGGGCCCGGACCGGGAGCGCUGGUACGGGUCGGAGGACUUCCUGGCGCUCCCCGCUCAGCUCCACCAGAGCGAGACUUUGGCCAUCAAC